AUGGAGGCCAAAGCCGUUUGUUUUCGUCCAAGUAGUGUUCGUGUAGAAGCGAUAGGAUUGAGCAGUUUGCAACAUAGAUCUGCUUCCGUGAGGAGGAUCUCAUGGGCUCGGAGCUCGACGCGGUUCUCUCUUCGUCACGACAGAUAUAGAGAGAGACGACAGUCGAUCACCAGGGUUUUCGCAUCCUCUACUACCCCUCCCGAUUUCUCGGCACGAUCAUCAAGCGGAGAUUUUAAGAGCAGCAACAGCGGCAAAUCGCGCGGAGAAAGCAACAGAGGUGACAACGCCGAUGGCUCCAUGAAAGAUCAGCAUGAUGAUCAACCUUCUAGUCCCCUGAAUCCUCCCUCUGUGGGUCCAUCUCCAUCUGUCAGCAAAUCGUCUCCGUCCACUCAACCGUCAUCUUCUUCAGCCAAUCCGCCAACAUCACCUUCAGUUGGCCAAUCAGGCUCCUCGUCGUCAAACCCUUCCAGUAGGCCUCAGAAUCCGAAACAGAAUCAAUUACCACGCCCGGGUAAAAGUGGUCCGGGCCAAGGAUGUGUGGUUAAAACCACCACGCAGUAUGGAUUGGUAGAAGAUAGUAGCAUGAAGGAGUAUAACCGAUCUUCCAAUGGAGGAGCAGCCAACUUCCCUGUAGCCGUUGUAGGUUCGGCGAUUCCGCCGUCGAGACCAUUUUCCAACCCUCCCCCAUUUCGGCCUCCUCCUAGUCCAGUAGCCGGGAUUGACAUGCAGCUAAGACAGCAGCAAGAGCAAGGACAGCGACCGAAACCCGCAAUGGACUCCGAAUGGAUAAACUUCAUGUCCCCGGACUGGUAUCCAGUCAAGCCUAUCUGGCAGGGUACUGAACAGUGCGUUUUGGAGCAAAAGGACUUGCUCCUCUCGCUUCCUCGUCUCUGGAGGAUGAUGCUUCUCAGCGAUGGCUCAGUUACCCGCCAUUUGGAGCUCUUGCUAGGAGAGCAAGUCACGGUAGAUUGUGUGGAGAUGCGGGGAAUCGGUCAUGCUCUUCUGGGUUUGCCUCCUGGCACGGCGCUGGUGCCAGGACCACGAGUUCAGAGACAGGUCCAUCUGAAGCCCCCGUCUGGGGAGGUGUUGGUGUAUGCUGCUUCUUGGUGGGCGGCAGAGGAGGUAAAGACAGCACUACCAGCUGUGCAGCAGCCAGUAUGGAAGACCUUGCAGCAGCAGAGGACAGAACUUUUUCGCUCACUAGAGCGGCUGUAUUAUGGGUCCUCUCCUCAUCUAGAAAGAAUAUUUGGAGUACCAGGACCUUUCUGGGCUAGACAUUAUUUCUUCUACAGUCACGGUCGCCCGCUUACCCUCAUUUACGAAGCAUUUUCUCCUCGUUUGGAUGCUGUUUUAGGGAACAGCAGUGUCCUCAUUGCGUCUAACAACGUUUCAUUAAAACUGCAUCGCUUGCAAGCCACCACCACUGCACUGCACCACACUGAAGUGGACCGAACAAUUCCUGCCAAAUCCACAUUGCACCGCAUCCCACAUGUUCACAAAAGUAUGACUCCUCACCACAUCAUCAGCGCGUCAGGCAGUCGGGUUUCUCCAAACACGCGUCUUUCCGGCCUCGCAGCCCUGGGAGUGUCGCGGCUCGUAACCCCGCUCGUGCUGUCGACGCUGCUGACGCUCCUGGCAGCGCUAGUCGCAAGGCCGACUAUCGCCGCUGCUCGGCACGAUGGAGUGCUGCAGUGCCCCACCAACGGCACGGGCGACCUCUUCCUCCCAGCCUUGGAGGCAGGCGCCGUCGCUGCCGGCACCGUGCCUUGGCACACCACCCGGGGGAAGUUCCUGCUGCUGCACUGCGUUAGAGGACAGAUCAGCAACCGUGUGUUGUGCAUUAAAAACCACCUCCUCCUCGCUGGCCUCCUCUCCCGCACGCUCAUAGUGCCUUUCCACCACUCAGAGGUGGUCCGCAACUACAACAUGCACGUCGCUCUCGACGUGGAGCACCUCAGGCGCUGCUUCGGCAAGGUGGUGUUCACGACAGCGGAGUACCGGCGCAAGUAUGUGAAGCCGAUCAAUGUGACCGAGGUGGUGUGCUGGCAUGGCCCCAAGGGCGCGUGCAGGGAGGAGGAUAAAGAGUUGCUGCUCAACUGCCCGGCACCUGAAACCAUGAACACGCCAGCUUCGGUGCUUGUUGGUGGGGAUGGAGAGGCUUUGAGAAAGAUCGGCAAGCCGGGGUUUGUCUUCAACACGCGCGUGCGCAUCACUCGCACGCUCUUUAGGGGUCAGCUCACCCGGUUGACAGGCAACCACACGGCGCUGGCUGCAUGCCUUCCCAUGUCCGCCUCCAAGUCACAGGUCCUAGAGGCAUAUGGCAACAACCAAUCGCCCGUGCUAGUGGUGGGGGACUUAGUGAACGUACACUUCACCGAGUGGCCUGAGAGUGACGCGGCUCUCGACCUCCCGUUCCAGCGCUCAUCCGACUGCCCCACGGCGCUGCUCAUCAAGCCGGCAGCGGGCAUGUUCCUGGCGGCGGAGCUGUUUGUGCGGGAGACGUUUAAAGGGGAGAGGUUUAUCGGCAUGCACUGGCGAAGAGGGGACUUCAAGGCCUACUGCUUUUGGCACGGACCCAAGAACGCCUGCUACUUUCCGGUGCAGCAGGUGGCGUAUUGGGUGUAUCGCAAGACCAGGGAGCUGGGAAUCAACAACCUCUUUCUCGCCACCAAUGCCAAGCAUGCUGAGUUGGAGGAACUAACAGUGUUGCUAAACCAAAUGUCGGAUUACAAACUAAACGUGGUGCGGUUACCAUCCGUCCGCGAAAAGAGCAAGGAGAAAUGGAUGCGACCAAUUCAACAACUGACUACAGGCCGCACGGAGCUUAUUCCAGUAGCUUUAGAAAAGCUGAUUUGUGCACAGUCGCACAUUUUCUGGGGAUCUGUGGCGUCGACCUUUUCCAUGGAUAUCCAACGGUUGCGGCAUGGCUUACGGGUGGCCAGUUCUGAAAUGGACGGCUCAGAUGAUUCAGAUGUAGAUUUCGGCACAAUGGUCAUGAAGCCUGGGAGUCGCAGGCCGCCACAGGAGCCAUCCGAUGAAGAAUCGGACGGUGAUGAAGGCGGCGAUUUUGGAACCAUGGUUAUGAAACCUGGAAGCCGACGCGACAGCGGGAGCGGCGGCGGCGGCGGUGGUGGAUGGCGUGGGGGAGGUGCUAAUGACGGGGAUAGCGACGAGGACGGGGGAGGGGAUUUUGGAACGAUGGUGAUGCGGCCACGGGGCGCGCGACGAGACGACGAUGACGGGAGCGGGGUGGAAUCGGACGGUUCAGAAGGAGGGGAUUUUGGAACCAUGGUGGUGAGUCGCGGAAAUAAAGGAAACAGCGGGAGAGGCAGGAGAAGGGACGAGGACGAGGAGGAUGAUGAGGAUGAUAACAGCGGGGAUUUUGGAACAAUGGUGGUGACCAGAGGGGGUGGAAGGCGGAAAGUGGGGCGAGAGGAGGAGGAGGAAGAGGAGGAAAGCGAGGAAGGGGAUUUUGGAACGAUGGUGGUUAGUAGGAAGAGCGGGGGAGGAGGGGGGAAGGGCAGAGGGGGAAGAGAGGAGGAAGGGGGAGGGUUGGCAGCAGCAGCUGCUAGCAUGCGUGCUCAAAUGGGGAGGGGUGGGGAGCCAGAAAGGGAGGCGGGGGACGAGGAGGAAGAGGAGGAGGAGGAAGAAGAGGAGAGUGAGGAAGGGGAUUUUGGCACGGUAGUAGUGAGCAAGUCGGCCAAAAAAAAGGGGCGGCGGCGGAAGGAGGAGAGCGAGGAGGAGGAGGAAGAGGGGGACUUUGGAACGAUGGUUGUUUCGAAACGACGAGGCCGGAAUGAUGAGGAGGAGGAAGAGGAUGAGGAGGAUGAAGAGGAGGAAGAUGAGGAUGAUGAUCAGUUUGGCACUGUGGUGGUAUCUGGGAAGAGCAAGGGGGGAGGGCGGAGGAAGAAGGGGGGGAAGGGAGGGAAGGAGGAGAGGGACGGGACUGGGUCACUGGCAGCGGCGGCAAGGAGCAUGGCGGAGCAUAAAGACGUUGCUCCCAAGGCGAAGAAGGGCGGGGGAGGGGGCAUUUCAGGAUCGAGCAUCCAUGUGUCUAGAGAGGACCCCACACUGAAAUACGAGCUGCUGGAGGAACUGGGCAAGGGGUCCUACGGUUCCGUGUACAAGGGGCGAGACCGCAUUAGCUCAGAACUGGUGGCUAUCAAAGUCAUCUCUCUCGCUGAAGGGGAGGAGGGAUUUGAGGAGAUAAGGGGAGAGAUUGAGAUGCUUCAGCAGUGCAACCAUCCCAACGUUGUGCGAUACUAUGGCAGCUACCAGGGAGACGACUUCCUGUGGAUUGUGAUGGAGUAUUGCGGUGGCGGCAGCGUGGCUGACCUUAUGAACAACACGGACUCGCCGCUUGAGGAAGGCAUGAUUGCCUACGUAUGCCGGGAGUCCAUCAAGGGUCUGGCGUACCUGCACGAGAUAGGCAAGGUGCAUCGCGACAUCAAGGGCGGCAACAUCUUGCUGAGCGACUCGGGGGAGAUCAAGCUGGGGGACUUUGGAGUGGCGGCGCAGCUCACCCGCACCAUGUCCAAACGCAACACGUUCAUAGGCACGCCCCACUGGAUGGCACCGGAGGUGAUUCAGGAGAGUCUGUACGACGGCAAGGUGGACGUGUGGGCGCUGGGCAUCACUGCCAUUGAAAUGGCCGAGGGCCUGCCGCCACGCUCAAACAUCCAUCCCAUGAGAGUGCUUUUCAUGAUCUCCAGAGAACCGUCUCCCACAUUAGAGGACCCCGAGAAAUGGUCCCUUCUAUUCCACGAUUUCGUGGCCAAGUGUCUGAUCAAGGAGCCCAAACAGCGCCCCACGACGCCAGCGCUGCUGCAGCACAAGUUCAUCGAGAGGUGCAAGGAUACCGCUGUGGUGCUCAAGAAACGCAUCGACCAGGCCAAGGCGAUGCGAGAGGAGGCGAAGAAACAGAGAUUGGCUGCUGCAGCUUUGGAGGAGCAGAACAGCGUUUCAGAGGAUUCCAUGGGUACGGGCACGGUGAAGCAGAGGGGGGACGCCAUGGGCGGGACAGUGAAGGCUCGUUCUGCUCCAUCCGCCUAUGCUGACGACGAUGAACCUGAUUUCGGCACGUUUGUGAACAAGGACUAUGAGUCCGAGGAUGAGGCAAUGGACACCGGCACGAUGCGUGUCGCCAGGUCAGACGAGCCGUCCGCCAAGUCAGCAGCUGCCACGUCAGCAGCAGAGGGCGUGGAGUCAUCUUCGGAUAACAUCGGCGCAGCGCUGGCAGCUCUGGGAGGGCAACGCAAGGCCAAGCCAGCACAGGCCAAGUCCGCCCCCUCUCGAAGGGCAGAGCGCCCUCCUGUCCCUCCGAAGCAGGCAGCAGCGGCGGGUAUGGAGCUAGAAGCAAAGCGGAGGAAGGGCACGGAUUUCUUUGCGGGGGCGAGACAGGCGAUGGAGGAUGGGACGAGGCAGGCCAUUGCUGACAGCACCAAGCCCGCUCAGCGAGCCAGCCCUGGGCUGCAGGAUAAGCUAUCAGCAGUGUAUGCAGCGGGCAACACGGUCCCCAUCCCCUUCCUCCGUGCGUGCGACAUCUCUCCUCUCGCUCUCAUCGCCUCAUCCGGCCCUGACGGCGCUCCCUUUGACCAGUGCGGGCUGGAGGCGAUUCAGGAGCUGUCAGGGAGCGGUGGGCUGGCGGGGAGCAAGGGCGCCAGACGAACGCCGGCUGCUGAGGUCCCCCUACCCCCCAGUGUAUAUCGCAGACUAGCCAACAGCACCACCCUCCCCAAUCUCGCCCGAGCGCUCGCCUACCAUAAACAGUGUUUGGACGAGAUGCCCUUACAAGGAUGGCAAGUAACGCAAGAGAAGGCCAUCAUACACAACCUAUCUGACACCAUACGGACCAUACUCCGCCUCUAUAGCAUCGCGAGCAGCAUGUCCGGCGGAGACGAGGUAUCGGCACUGGUGCUGGAUCUGGGCUCGCACACGUGCAAGGCGGGAUACGCAGGGGAGGAUGCUCCUAAAGCCGUCUUCCCCUCGGUGUUUGGUGUGAUAGAGGCAGAUGCGGGACGUGCAGGCGAGGAGGGGAAAAGGGGAGAGGGCAGCGAAGCAGAGGGGCCGGAUGCGAAGAGAGUGAAGCUGGAAGGGGGCGCGGCUGCAGCAGGGGCGUCGGCGAAUGGGGGCUCGCCAGGUGGCAAGAGAAAGCUAUUUGUGGGGAGCAAUGCUCUUGGAUACAGACGAGACUUCAUGGAGGUGGUGCCCUCCGUGUCCAAUGGCCUUCUUUCGGACUGGGAAGGAGUUGCUGCCAUUUGGGAGCAUGCGCUUAAAGACCGCCUACUGGUAGACCCCAAGGAGCAUGCAGUGCUGCUGGCAGAGCCGUCCUUCAACCCGCCAGCAGCGCGUGAGAAGACCGUGCAGCUCAUGUUUGAAACCCUCGGGCCUCCGGCGGUGUUCCUUGCAAGGAAUGCUGUUCUGACGUCUUUCUCCUGUGGAAAAGCCACCUCGCUUGUUGUCGACAGCGGCUUCUCAUCCACAACAGUUGCUGCAGUGCACGAUGGAUACGUGCUGCAGAAGUCCCUCCGUCGAUCGCCUGUGGCUGGGGAUGCACUUACAGAGUUUCUCCUUCGUUCCGUGGGCAGGCAAAAGGUCCGCCCUCGGUUCUCGUUUAAGCGAGUGUUGAUUCGACCAGGCCAGUUCGAGCUAGUGGACCAGGCCUACCCCAACACCACGGACAGCUACCGCCUGUACAUGCAGAAGUCGACAGCAGAAGACAUGAAGGAGACGGUGUGCCGUGUGCCCGAUGCUCCCUACGAUGAUCUCUCCUUCUCCAAUGUCCCAACAGUGGCAUAUGAAUUGCCAGACGGCCAGGUUUUGGAGGUGGGCAGUGACCGGUUCAAAGUGGCUGACACCCUCUUCAAUCCAAGCCUGCUCUCUUCAAUUGCUUCAGCCGACCCCUCCAGUGGGGGAUGGACAGCAGAGGCCAUUGCUGAUGCGGCCAAAUCACCGGGGAUUGCGAGAAUGGUGGUUGACAGCAUCAGCAAGUGUGAUGUGGAUAUCCGAAAGGAUCUCUACAGCUCUGUGCUGUUGUCUGGAGGCACUAUGGCCAUGCAGCAGAUCAAAGAGCGCUUGGAGAAGGAGCUCAUGGCGGAGGCCCCACAAACAGCAAAAGUGAAGGUUUUGGCAAGCGGCAAUGUUAUUGAAAGGAAGUUCAGUGUAUGGAUUGGAGGUAGCAUUCUCGCUUCCUUGGGUUCGUUCCAACAAAUGUGGCUCUCUAAGGCAGAGUAUGAGGAGCAUGGAUCUGCCGUGUCGACUUCCCUGCAUUUCCCUCUCACACUUGCCUCCCUCCUUGUUUCUCUUCCCGUCAUCCGUAUCCCUCUUGAUCUCCUUCAAAAUCAGGUUUAUGGCGAAGAGUGGUCAUUUGGCUAUUGCGAGCGCGGGUCAGGGGUGUUCAGUUGUCCGCCUAAGGGGAACCCCAUGUACACAUUUAGAGAGACGGUGGAGAUGGGUGUCACAGGCAUGGGGGAGAAGAAAGUAGGCGAGCUGCUCCGGAGAUUGAGUAAAGAAUGGCCAGGGCGCUCAUACGACAUGCUCGCACGAAAUUGCAAUCACUUCUGUGACGAAUUUUGUCAAGCGCUCGGCGUUGGUCCUACUCCAGUGUGGGUCAACCGCUUUGCAUAUGCUGGAGAUGUGACGUUGGAAUUCUACGAUCAAGCAUCAACUCAGCUUUCUCAAUUCCGUGAUUCGAUGACCCAGCUCAGCACCAGCACCUACAACUAUCUCUUUGGCCCACCACAAACGCCACCACUCACAGCAUCUGCAUCCUUCCCGGCGGUGGCCUCUGCUGCUAUGAAUGGGGAAACUCGAGUGCCUGUGUCAAAGAGCAUGGGUCCCCUCAUUAUCGCCAUGUUCGGCGUGGAAUUUCUAUUCGGGGUCAGCCAAGCGAACAGUCCUGUCUGGAUCAGCCAAUCUCCAAUCGCCAGCAUCAUUUGCCUGAUUGCGGUCGUUCUCACAGUAGUCGGGGUGGUCUUCCAGCCGCGGUGGGCCAUCGCUAUCAGCCGCCUCUUUCAGCCAGCAGUGCUGUUUGAAGUUGACACCAAAGAGAAAAUUGUGGGUCUCACAAUCGACGAUGGUCCCAACGGCAAAUUCACCAGCGAGACUCUGGAUAUUCUCAAGGCGCACGGGUGUUCGGCAACCUUCUUCCUUAUCGGGUCUAAUAUUGAUAAAUACCCUGACCUCGUGGAGCGCAUGGUGCAAGACGGGCAUGAAGUGGCGAAUCACAUGAUGGCGGAUUAUCCAGGCUGCCUGCUCUCCACCAAGCAAUUCAUGGCAUCAAUGCUCGAGGUGGACGCCAAGCUCUAUCGCUUCUUCCCUCUCGACUCCCAUGGCCGUCAAAUCAAGUGGUUCAGACCGGGCUAUGGCUUUGCCACGCCACACAUGCAGUACAGUGCGCACAGCCAUGGGUACAGGCUCGCCCUGGGCUCCGUGUUUCCCCUGGAUCCGCUCUUUAAGGGCUGCGGUGCUUUCCUUGCCCGCUUCUGCCUGUGGAAGAUGUACCCAGGGGCCAUCAUCAUCCUUCACGAUCGCCCACAGCAGGGCCCACAGACCAACCAUAUUCUGCGGAUUUUGCUGCCCGAGUUGAAGCAGCAAGGCUAUAGAAUAGUUAACCUGACCGAACUGGUGAACAGUGUAAAGUGCAGAGAAAUCAGUCACGUGAAUGGGGGAAAGCAGGACUAA